AUCGCCAUCAUUGAUCGUUGAUCGUUGAUAAUAAGUGAAGCUCCACCUCAAUAUAUGAACUCGUUUACCCUUCUCUCCACUUAGGCUUUCUGGGUUUUUUUUUUUUUUUUUUUGCUUCAAUUUCUACUUUUCUACUCCUUUUUUUGCUCUUUUUCUUUUCAAGCUUCUUCCUUUGAGGUUACAUCAGGCAUCCUAGGCUGCAUUGUCUGGGAAUCUUGAAACUAACACGGAUUAUUUUGCUGACAAAAGGAGAGAGCCUGUAAUAAGUUUCAGAUUAUUCUUUUUCACAAAAGUGUCCUGUCAUUGCUCUGGGUCAAUCUUGUUCUAGAAACAUAAUCUCCAAUGCACGAACCAUCAAGAAAGAAAGUUCCAAAUCAAUCUUAUAGGUUCUAUGAACAGCCACAGAAAGAACCUGGGUCUAGUUACUGGCCUCCCGUCAAUCAUGGAGGUGGCUUGUAUUCUGACGAUGUCUUCGAACAGAAUCACUUACCAUCUGAGGCUUUCAAACAGUAUUGCAACCUUGAGUCGUCCUCAGGAACUAGUAGUUACCCUCCUCAAUAUUCUUCCUCUACUGCUAGCUUCACAUCAAAUGGAAGCCCUUCUUCACACCAAGAGUGCCAUUCAUACCCGUUAGACCCGUAUUAUUCUCCCGACAAUAACUGUGGCUCACCUGUCAGAUCUUGUUUAUCAGAUGAUGCUGCUGAUGACUUAAGGCACAAGAUCAGGGAGUUGGAGACUGCAAUGCUUGGACCUGAUGCAGAUAGGCUUGACAUCUAUUCUAUCACUGAACCAGUUAAUCCUGUAUUACCCGUGCAAGAAGCAGGGUGGAAAGACGUGGCUGAGAUUAUCUCUAGAAGGGAUUUGAAAGAGAUGCUUUAUGCUUGUGCACGAGCAAUAGAAGAAAAUGAUAUGGUGACUGGAGAAUGGUUGGUGUCAGAGUUACGUGGAAUGGUCUCGGUUUCUGGUGAGCCAAUCCAGCGUUUAGGGGCUUACUUGUUAGAGGCACUUGUUGCAAGAACAGCAUCUUCAGGUAGUUCUAUCUACAAAGCCCUUAGAUGUAAAGAGCCUGUAGGUGCUGAACUGCUCUCAUACAUGCAUGUUCUCUAUGAAAUUUGCCCUUAUUUCAAGUUUGGGUACCUUUCAGCAAAUGGGGCAAUUGCUGAAGCUAUAAAAGGUGAAAAUAGAGUUCACAUAGUUGAUUUUCAGAUAGCUCAGGGAAAUCAGUGGGUCACGUUGAUGCAAGCUCUCGCCAAUCGGCCUGGAGGGCCCCCAAAGGUUACUAUUACAGGCAUAGACGAUUCCACUUCAGCUUUUGCUCGAGGAGGGGGGCUCGAGAUUGUAGGAAAAAGGUUGUCUAUUUUGGCGGAGUCAUUAAAAGUACCCUUUGAGUUCCAUGGAAUUGCAGGCUCUGCUGCUGAAAUUCAACGUGAAGAUCUAAAAGUUCAACCAGGUGAAGCGAUUGCUGUGAGUUUUGCCUUAGUGUUGCACCAUAUGCCAGAUGAAAGUGUUGGCAGUCAGAAUCACCGGGAUCGAAUUUUGCGGCUUGUCAAGAGCUUGUCUCCAAAAGUCGUGACAGUUGUCGAGCACGAGUCAAACAACAAUACAGCGCCCUUUCUUUCCCGUUUCAUCCAGACAUUGAAGUAUUAUACUGCUGUUUUUGAAUCCAUUGAUGUGACGCUCCCGAGAGAUCACAAGGAGCGGAUCAACGUGGAGCAGCACUGUUUAGCUCGAGACAUCGUAAAUUUAGUAGCAUGUGAGGGAGCCGAAAGAGUCGAACGUCAUGAACUUUUCGGGAAAUGGAGAUCACGGUUACUCAUGGCUGGGUUUAAGCCACACCCUUUAAGCCCUUUUGUCAAUGCUACUAUUGAGGCACUGCUAAAGAACUACUGUGACAAGUACACACUUGAAGAAAGGGAUGGAGUUCUAUAUCUUGGCUGGUUGAAUCAAACUUUAGUUACCUCUAGUGCUUGGAUUUGACACCCAUGUAGUUGUAAAAUGCAUUUUUCCACUUCAAACUUAUGAAAAUAUGUUAUUAUUUAUGACCUUUUUUAUGUUUUUUUAUGGAAACUUAUUGCUGUAGUUA